ACUGUUCGCACGUAGUUUGUGUUUCGUUCCGUGUGCGCACGACGCAAGCACAUUUUUGCUUACAGUGAAAAAAUUUUCCGAUUCUAUUUCUGCCGCCGACUCCAUUGUAAACAUCGGAAAAAGUGUUGAACGUGACAGUGCAGAAAGAUGGCUGAUCGUCAUUCUCAGGGACGCGCUCGGGCGCGUGGAUAUGCAGUAGGCAGCUCCUCUCAUGAAUCCCGCGAAGGACGCGGUCAAGUUCCAGUUCGCGGAAGUGGUGUUGGCAUACCUGGACAGGGUCCACGUCCAGCUUGGGGCCAACCUGGCGGAGGAGAAGGCCGUGCCUCUGUUCACCGCGAUUCAAGUGCCGGACGACAUGGAAGCUCUAGUGGAGGAAAUGGAAACGGAAACGGUGCUGGCACAAGCGCUAGCGGAGGAGCGGGCACCAGUCGAGGUGCUAUGCGCGGUCGGCGUACCAUUGGUGACACAUUGCGAACUCGUGCUAUGGAUGCUCCUUCCAAGCACGGUACUACUGGACAACCCCUGCAGCUACAUAGCAACUACUUUAAACUGCUUAAACACAUUGAAUGGACCCUAUACCAGUAUCGAAUUGACUUUUCGCCACAGUGCGCCAGUUCUCGUCUGAUGCAGGGAUUGGUCAAUGAACAUAAGAAGAUUUUCGGAGGAUUUCUGUUCGAUGGCACUCAGCUGUUCAUGGUCAACAAAUUACGAAGCGACCAGCUUACUCUACAAUCUCGCCAUGAACGAACCGGGGACAUCUAUCAGCUGCGGAUUGUCCACACAGGUACGGUCGAUAUGACCAACGAAACCGGAAUCCAAGUACUGAAUCUGAUUCUCAGACGAGCGAUGGCUGGCUUAAACCUUCAGCUUGUAGGACGUAAUUUGUUCGAUGCAGCCGCCAAAAUUUCCAUUCGUGAAUAUCAAAUCGAACUGUGGCCCGGUUAUAUUACCAGUAUUCGCCAACACGAGCAGGACAUUCUGGUUUGUUGCGAAAUCGCCCACAAAACUAUGCGAAUGCAAACUUGCUAUGACAUUUUGCGUGAUUGUCAAAAACACGACCGAAAUUACAAAGAUUCCUUCAAACGUGCCGUUUUGGGCGUUGUAGUCCUGACCGGAUAUAAUAACAAAACGUAUACCAUUAACGAUGUCACAUUCGAAACGACACCGGAAAGUACCUUCGACACGAAGAACGGCAAGACAUCUUUCCUGGAAUAUUACAAAUCCAAAUAUAACAUUCGCAUUCGCGAUCCGCAUCAGCCUAUGUUGCUGUCCCGAGCCAAGAAGAGGGAUCUCCGUGCCGGUGGUUGCGAGCUUAUGGCGUUGGUACCCGAACUUUGCCAGAUGACCGGUCUCACAGACCAAAUGCGUACAGAUUUCAGAAUGAUGCGUGCUAUGGCCGACCACACCCGUCUGAAUCCAGAUCGUCGUAUCGAGCGAUUGGAAACGUUUAACCGUCGUCUGCAAACGUCACCAGAGAGCGUGGAAGUAUUCAAAACCUGGCAGAUGGAAUUGGAUAGGCGUUUGGUUGAGCUGCCAGGUCGAUUGCUGCCACAGGAAAUGAUUUUCUUCUCGACUACCGCUAACGGAGUACAGGCCGGUGAGCAGGCUGAUUGGACGGCACACUUCCGGAACAACCCUAUGUUCGCGACUGUACGAUUAACGCGCUGGUACCUGGUGGUGCCGAACCGUGCCACUCGUGAGGCAAACGAUUUCCUCGGCUGUAUGAUCCAAGCUGCCCGAGGUAUGCGGUUCGAAAUCAGUAAUUGUGAGUUGGUCCCCAUUCCGGACGAUAAUCCCGGCACAUAUGUGCGAACCUUAGACAACAUUCUUAACAAGGACCCUCAGAUGAUUAUGUGCGUCGUGUCCAAUAAUAAGGCGGACCGUUACACCGCCAUCAAGAAGAAAUGUUGCGUCGACCGUGCCAUUCCAACGCAGGUUAUGGUUCAGAAAACUAUCACCCCGAAAGGUGGCAACGUACGAACGCUGAUGUCAGUGGCAACGAAGGUCGUUAUUCAGAUGAACUGUAAACUUGGCGGUGUCCCGUGGAAGGUAAAGAUCCCCCUCAACGGCCUGAUGACUAUCGGUUUCGACGUAUGCCAUGAUGCUAAGGAUAAGACCAAAUCAUUCGGAGCGAUGGUUGCCACUCUGGAUCACGAUAACAAGGGAACUCCCAAAUUCUUCUCCACGGUCAGUCAACACACGCAUGGAGAGGAAAUUUCCAAUUAUCUACCCAUCAACACCGUGAAGGCUCUGAACGAGUACCGUAAGGAAUUCGGCGAACUGCCGAAACGUAUCAUCUUCUAUCGGGACGGUGUAGGCGAGGGACAGCUACACUACGUCUACGAACACGAAGUCAAGUCCAUUGUAGAUAAGCUUAACCAGAUUUACAAAUCGGCCGGCAUCGAUCAGGAAGUUCUGCUGACGUUCUUCAUCGUAAACAAGCGUAUCAAUACGCGUUUCUUCGACCGCCGACAAAACCCGCGGCCCGGUACCGUGGUUGAUGAUAUUGUUACUCUCCCGGAGAGAACCGAUUUCUAUCUGGUGUCCCAGUCGGUCCGACAGGGUACCGUCUCGCCGACGGCAUACAACGUCAUCUUUGACACGUCCGGUUUGAAAAUCGAUCACCUGCAAAUGCUCUCGUACAAGCAGUGCCACUUGUACUACAAUUGGUCCGGUACGACGCGAGUUCCAGCCGUGUGUCAGUAUGCACACAAGCUUUCUUUCUUGGUGGCUCAGUUCCUACACCAGGCACCAAGCAAUUUGCUGGAAAAGAAGCUGUAUUUCCUCUAAACAGGGGGACGCAGAUGGUGGGACAAAAGGUGAGUGCGCGUUGUUUUCGUUUAUCAGAGAAAACCUUCAAAACCAGAAGACCCAGAGCAUUACUUCCAAUCGUUUCCACUGCCGGGGAAAUGUUGAUCGUGAAAGGAAAAACUAAAACGUUAUCCUUAAGGUAUAACUGUUACGCUUUUUCUUAGUAAGUAUUCCUGUUACUAUUUUUAACGUUCUUGACUUUGACAAGAGACACUGCACUGUGAAGACAGCGAAGAAGAAAUACCCAAUGAAAGGAAUUUAUUUUUCCUAUUUUUUAUUUGACCUACUGUUAAUUUAGGAAUAGUUAAUAGUUUGACAACAAUGAAAAAAGAUGACGAAGUAAUUUUUUAUAUAA